UUGGAGCACACGUUUAACAGUGUAACGAGAUAACAGUCAGACGUCGUGACACGGGAGUUUAACGCUUCGUUUUCUCUCUCUUAACUCUUUUAAAACAUAUUACUUGUCGAUUGUGGGUGGACUGUUGUCGUUUUAACAACUGAAUGUGAGUUUUUCUAUCAAAAAAUGUGAGCUUUUGAGUGACUUUUUUGACCAUGCCGGUGGAGUAAAGCGUGUUUGUCGGAGAGGAUUUGAAAGAGGAAAUCAUCCAGAUUUUGAGCAAACAGACCUUUGUGUUUCACUACUUAUCCUGUUUCAACCUAACACCUGUUCAGUUUUGGGGGGUUUUUAAUGCAGCCGAGUUUGAGUCGAGUGGUUUUCCCCUCAAAUGACGUGGAAUAGCACGAUGAGCAGUGGCUACAGCAGCUUGGAGGAGGACUCCGAAGAGUACUUUUUCACGGCCAGGACCUCUUUCUUCAAGAAACCAUCUGGAAAAGUCACAGUGAGCAAGGAUGUGGAGAAGGAGAGAGAGCUUCGGACGGAGUUCAGCAGGGAAGAGAUCAGGCAGAGGAUCGAGCUGUACAACUCGGUGACUAAGGACCACCUGAAAAUGACCCUUAAUCCCUCUGGUGUAUACACCGGUUUCAUCAAGGUGCAGAUGGAUUUGAGGAGGCCUGUGACGGUGCGAGGAGGUCAGAGAGGAGAGGAGGCGUUCUAUCUGCCCAGAGGAGUCAGCAACACGCUCCACAUCAGCUCCAGUAACACAGUCAAACAGGUCAUCGUCGCCCUGCUGAGGAAGUUCACAGUCGCAGACAACCCGGCUAAAUAUGCCCUCUACAAACGCUACCGCAGGGAGGAGCAGGUUUAUGUGUGCAAGCUGGCGGAUGGCGAGCAGCCGCUGUUCCUUCGUCUCGUGGCGGGACCCGACACCGAUACGCUGAGCUUCGUGCUGAGAGAACAACAGACUGGAGAAGUCAUGUGGGACGCGUUCUCCAUCCCCGAGCUGCGUAACUUCCUGAGGAUCCUCGACAAAGAGGAAGACGAGCAGAGGGAGGCGGUGAUUCGGCGCUACGAGGGCUACCGCCAGAGACUGCAGGAGGCGCUGAGGGAGGUCAGAGGGCCUUCUUAGAGCGAUAAAACCUCCUUAAAAACAGGACUACUGCCCCCUAGUGGCACAGAGGAGGCAUUCUUCUUUUCUUUUUUCACCCUCAGAGGAGAAAUAAUGUGCAAAAUUCUGAUCGAGAUGGAGGAAUGAGAAACGGGGAUUCAGCGCCUGGUAGAAGGGAUGAAACGGACAGAAGGAGGGAUGAUUUAAAGAUGACAGGAGGACCGAGGAAGAGACGGCAAACUAAGGACAAGUGAAGGAAGGGAUGAAAGGACAGAAUUGAAACGGACGCUGCUGGAGUUUGAUGCAGCCUGGAUCAAAGACUUCAAACCUGCAGUCUGCCUUCUCACACCAAAGAUUUACCUGUAGUGCCAUAAUCAUUCACCCUCUCUCUCCAUCCCUCUUCUUCUUCUCUCACUCUGUCCUGCUGUCACAAAACUGAUGCAGAUUCCUCUUUCGUCCUUUCAAACUUUGUGAACGACUCAUGGCCAUAUGUCCAGUUUUAUUUAAUGUUUGUUUUAAAAAGUCUGUACAUAUUAUUAUUUUUUAUUUAUUUUUUUUCCUUUAAACAAAACGAGUCUUAUUUGAGUUGAUUCUGCAGAAGCGGAGCUGCAGUCUAGUUGUUGACACAGACACUUGAGAAUAGUUGAUCCAGACGGCUUCUAGAUGUAGAAACACGGAGAGACGUGAGCGGCAGACUCUCGAUAUGAAACCGUCUCUCGGGGCUGCAGCUACACGAUGGUCACCCCACAACAUUUAGAGAAGUGAAGACAUGUUAUUCAUCGUCGCAUUUUUGCUUUUGUUAGCUGCAAAGUUGAGUGAUAUUUACCAAGUUGUGAGGAAGAAAACAAGCAGACUGCAGGAGUGUGCUGAAGUGAAACUGAAGGUUGUAAGAGACGAUGCAGAGAACUUAAAGGAGGUGAAGUUGGAAGUUGAACGUGACAGAAAAACAAAAACUCUUGAUGAGAGAUAAUCACAGAGGGAGCGUCCUGCUGCAAGAUCUGAAGGAACAGAGUGAGAUAGCAGUUUGUUUUAGAAGGAAGUCAUUUUAGUUUAAGGGUGAGUAGAGACGACGGAGGAUGAUAACGAUGAACUGGUCGGAUUUGAACUUUUUUGUGUGCAGUUUUGUUCCACCAGCAGAGUUUGACGAAGCAUGAAGUGGUGUAGAUUAGACGGGAGGAGGUCAGAGGAGGGGCGAAGGUGAAGUUUGACUGGUUUCUGUAAGUUGACUGAGCAGUUUUGAGGAAGUAGACGAGAAACUUUAGACGCAGGGAGGAAGAUAAAAAAAACAGAGAGGAUGAAGUUUUUGUUCUGUAAAAUAGUCUGAGGUGAGGAGGACGCGGGAGAGAAAGUGGUGAAGCAGUGUGUGAACACCAAGUCGUCAUGAUUAACUGCAUGUCGGCUGGUUGUAUUAAUAAAAGCUCCUGUUAUCCACAGCUGAGAGAAAAAGGAGGUCUGUGAGUGCUGAUAGCUGCAGAGAGCAGAGAGAGGGAAAAAUGAGCCGCAUUGUGUCGGCCUCUUGUCCGUCUGUCUGCAGGCAUUCAUUUAAAACGCAGCUGCUUUUGUGCUCUAAUCUCAAGUUGAAACGUGCAGCCUUGACCUCCCAAUCAACCUGAUUUAUUUUGUUUCUGGUGGAUUAAGGAGAAGAAUGUCACAGAUCGAAACAAGGACUAAGUGGUAGUGCAGAGAAAGGUCUGGAAAAGUAAAAAAUGCAAACAGAAAAAACGAGCACAAGUGAGUUUAAAAGAAGGUUACCGACCUUUUUAGAUGGUGUUGCAAUUAAAUAGCUGCCUUAAAUAUACAUAUGCAAUGUUAUCUUUACUGUACAGAAUGAAUCAUAUAGGGGUUAGAGACCAACAGAUGUCGUUCUCCGCAGUUUUGUGGAAAAAUCUUUGCUUUUUAGAUUGGUAUUUAUUUAGAAAUUAAAGAAAAUCAGACAAACAAGUAGACGUGAAUCACAAAGACAAUCAUUCAGACAAUUCAAAUGUCUUAAAUUUUCAGAAAGCCAUUUAAAAAAAAAAAGCGCUGUAAAAUGCUUCAUAGUUUGACCUGCAGGUACUGAGUGAAAUCAUAAAGGCUGUGUUACAACGCCGCCAUCUAGUGGAUAAAUACUGCAAGUGUUCUCUCUUCUGUGUCAAAGAUUUAUUUUUUCCUGUUAUAACCAAAGAUACUUUUGUGGUGUUGCCUGGAGCAAAGUAUAUUAGAGGCCUCUUCCCACCGGAGGGAAAAUCAUAUAUAUAGAUUUAGAGUUUUAUUUAAAGGGGGUUUUAACCCUUCGUUUAUUUUACUAUCAAACACUGGGUUCAACUACGGAAGACCAAAAGGGCCAAAAAGGUUUCUGUUCUUACAAGCAGAUGGAUACAUAAGUGUGAUUUGUUAAGGGGAGUGUGUGAAGUUCAGUUAAUCAUGAUGAUGUCAUUUAGAAGGCAGGGAAAUUAAAAACAUCACAGAGUUGCAUUAUGGGAAAUGUAGGAUCCAGCAUCUUGUGCGUGUGAUUUAACAAAUAUAUAUUUUUAUAAAUGUUCAUUUUUCAGUCUUCCUCUCACAAGUACCAAACCUUUCUGGAAGUCAAAUUUAAGUUGUCAUUUAAAAAUCCAUCACGCUACAUUUUUGUAGUUUUAAUUUCCUUUUUGACGUUCCCAUGAAAAUAGAAAGAACUAGUGUCUACUUUUUUUUUUUUUGUGGAUGGAGGCAAAUAUUUUGAGAAAUCCUGUUUAUUAGACGUUAUAUUUUAAACUUAAACUUUAAGGCAGGCAGGACUUUGCAGAACCUGAAACAUAGAACUGAAUAUUUCAAACGUGUAGAGUCAUUAAAAACACUUAAAUCACAUAUUCAGAUGCUUUUAGAGCGAAACCUUUUGGCCUCUUUUUGCUUCCUUAUAGUGUAUUUUUAAAUGAUGCGAAAGUCUGCAUGGAAACAGUUGAUUCAUCUUAAAGCCAUGUUGUUGUUGUUUGUUUUGUGUUUGUUUGAUAAACAAUGUUAGCUGUUCAAACACCAUAACAGACAAUUUAUCGUUUUUAUUUUUUUAAAUUUUAUUUUGGGCACUUUAACUUUGAAUUCAGGGAAGACGGGUUUUUUAUUUUUCUUAAUUUCUCCUGUUUUAUCUUCAGACUAUCGCCAUCACACUCUGAACAUUAUCUUAAUAAUCUUAUUUUAAAGAUUUUGCUUCACUUGUGAUUUUUGAUGUUUUUUUUUUUUUUUGGAAGUACAGUGAGACAGAAGUAUGUUUUUGUUUUUUAAGCUGAUUUUUUUAUUUUUUGGGUCUCACCGAGCUUCCGUACAUUUUUGGCUCAGCGUUAGCUUUUUAGACUGUGAAACAUUUGGUUGAAUCUGGCAUGUGUUCCUGUUUGUCUCUCUGUAAACAUACAUGCUUACUGUACACACUACUGGGCUGUUUGACAUUAAAAAACAUGAGUUCUUGUUCUCAACCUGUGGCUCGGACAGCGUGUGGAAAAAAAACUUCAGAGUGAGAUCGGAGAA